AUGACUUCGUAUUUUGUCUUUUUUAUAGGGUUGAGUUUUGUUUUAGGGGCGCUAGCUGUAGCGUCCAACCCUUCUCCUUAUUAUGGGCUUUUAGGGUUAGUGGUUGGAUCGCUUGUUGGUUGUGGGUGGUUGUUGAGUUUGGGGGUCUCUUUUAUUUCUUUAGUGUUAUUUUUAGUUUAUUUAGGGGGGAUAUUGGUGGUUUUUGUGUACUCUGUUUCUUUGGCCGCCGACCCUUUUCCUGAGGCUUGGGGGGACUGGCGAGUUUUGGGGUAUAGUGGGGGGUUGUUACUGGUGAUGCUUGUGGGAGUGGUAGUGGGAGGGGGAAUGGGGAGUGAACUUUGGGGCAUCAGUACUGUGGACUCGGAGGGGGCUGUACUGGUUCGGAUAGAUUUUAGUGGGGUGGCGGUAUUUUAUUCUUGGGGGGCCGGAAUGUUUUUAAUUGCCGGGUGGGGGCUGCUGUUGACUCUGUUUGUGGUAUUGGAGCUUGUACGGGGGUUGUCUCGGGGGGCGAUUCGGGCUGUUUAG